AACUGUAAAGUGGCAAUUAUCAUCAAACACAUCCGUCUGUAACCGGCCACCAUAUUGGAGAGACUAGUCGCGCCGUCGAGGCCGCCGAGAAGAAUGGUGAAAGUACAAGUGAAGCAAGGCUGGCUGGAAGGUGACAGGCGGGAGGUGGUGACCAAAGAUGGCUACUAUAAUAGCUUUAAAGGCGUGCCGUACGCCGCGCCGCCCGUCGGCAAGUUGAGAUUCAAGGCGCCUCAACCUCCUCUACCCUGGGAUGGAGUCAGAAGCGCAACCGAACACGGCCCAGUGUGCCCUCAACAAGACAUCUUCACCCAAGAGUUCAUACCAGGCAGCGAAGACUGCCUCUAUCUCAACGUAUACUCCCCGGACCUCGAGCCGAGCCAACCUCUUCCUGUCAUGGUCUUUAUCCAUGGAGGUGGCUACAGAAGCGGCUCUGGAAACGACUCCCACUACGGACCUGACUUUUUAGUCAAACAUGGUGUAGUCCUAGUCACUAUCAACUACAGAUUGGAAGCUUUCGGAUUCCUAUGCCUUGACACAAAAGAUGUCCCUGGUAAUGCGGGGAUGAAGGACCAAGUGGCAGCUUUGAAAUGGGUCAAGGAAAAUAUUGCAAAGUUUGGUGGUAAUGCUUCUAAUGUAACUGUUUUUGGUGAGAGUGCUGGCGGAGCGUCUACUUUGCUGCAUGUGUUAUCGCCGAUGUCAAAAGGGUUAUUUAAAAGAGCCAUUCCAAUGAGUGGUGUGCCAAUUUGUGACUGGUCUCUCGCCUUUGAACCAGCUAGGCGAGCUUUCACGCUCGGAAAAAUCCUCGGAUUUGAAACUGAUGAUCCGGAGAAGCUUCUCGAGUUCUUGCAAAGUGUUCCUGCUGAGAAAUUAGUGCUGACCAACCCCUGCGUUGUGAGUUUGGAAGAAAAAUCGAACAAUAUUUUGAAAAUGUACCACUUCACACCGGUUGCCGAGAAGAAUCUUGGCCAAGAGUAUUUCAUGAUCGAAGAACCAUUAGAAAUUUUGAAAAAAGGAACCGGCAAUGAAGUAGACGUAUUUAUCGGACAUACUAGUGAAGAAUGUCUCAUUGGAAUAGAACCUUUUGAAAAAUUAUAUUUGAACGAUUACAACAGAUAUCCAGAAAUAUUGGUACCGAGGGAACUUCUUUACAAAUCUAGUCCGAAGACUGUUUUGGAACUGUCUGAUAAAAUACAAAAGCACUACUUUGGAAAGAAAUCUAUAAACAAUGAUAUAAUGAAGGAGUUUAUACAAUAUGUCAAUGAUGCAUGUUUUGUUUAUAACAUACACAGGACUCUUGAUCAUUUACCCAAGAUUAAGAACAGCAAGACAUACUUCUACAGAUUCUCUUGCGUUUCUGAAAGGAACAUAUUUGGUGCUGCGGGUGCGAAGUACGGAAUCUCCGGGGCCAGUCAUCUGGAUGACUUGAUGUAUCUGUUUCAGGCCAACUUUGCAAACGUACCAAUUGACAAGAACGGCAAAGGCUAUCAUAUGAUCCAGUUAGCGUGCAAGGUUUUCACCAAUUUUGCUAAAUAUGGCACCCCCACUCCCGAUGCUUCAUUAGGCGCUGUAGUUCCCCCCUACAGCAACGCUGAGAGCUACGUCGACAUCUCCGAUGUCCUUCGAGUAGGACAAUCACUGGAUGCCGACGUAGUGGCCUUCUGGAAGGACGUGUACGAUUCAGCUGGCGUCGAAUUUUGAAAUUUCUGUACCUCUUCUGACCAAACUAAGUGUGCACCUUAGCAGUGACUAUGUAUACAUAUUCCAUAGACUUGACGUACUUCUAGGAAAGAAAACUUAGCGUGAUCGGACUCUAAUGGUGACGUUCGGAUGUCACGGAAUGAAUGUCAUAAUUACGGCAGUAAUGCGGCGUCGAACAUAUAACUCAUUAUAUCAUGUAUAUUGACAGAUACACGGCGCGAUUCGGAAAAUGAUUUAGAGAUUAACUAGAUACGAUAUAGUAAAGAUAUGUGACGUUCCACGGCAAAAGGUACCAUUGCCCCGGCUGAAUAUUGGAGCGGCGUUAAUAAUAGCGUAAGCGCCAGCCGCCAUAAGGUACCUUUUGUCGUGGAACGUCACAUAUAUUUACUAUUUCAUAUCUAGUGAAUGUCUAAUGCCUACAGAAACGGAUACAGUAACGCGAUUACAGUUGAUAUCUGAACGUUACCUUAACAAAGUAUCUCUGGGUUGGUUCUUCGUUUGUUUUAAAACAUUGUUAAUUAUUAUACAUUUUAAUAAUUAAAUAUUUGAAAUGUGUAUUUUUUUUCGCUAUACCUGUUUUUUACCUGCAUAACAUUAUUUUGAAGGAAAAAGAUAAUAACGUUUAAAUAAUUAUGCAUGUCAAUGAACUCAUUGUACCUAUACCUCAUGGAGUAAUACAUAUCACAUAAUCUAAUAUAUCUAUGUGUCUAAUCUCUACCAAUGUUAGCAGUAGUAGUAGUAGCAAAGACAUAUGUAACUUCGUAUAAGAUGAAUAAAGUAUUAUUAAGUA